AUGCAAAUGGAUACAGCCACUUUUCAAUCUACUACCGCUGACAAUUCGUCCUUCAUGCCAUCUGUAGAUCAACAAAGGCGAAGAAUCAUUAGUCCCCCACCUAAUAUGGAUCUACCUUUCCCACCACAAAUAGUUCCUGAAGAUUUAAUGAAUUGCAAGACUCGCAAGCUUCCUUCAAAACCUCCAAAUGCUUUCUUUAUUUAUCGUAAAGUUUAUACUAAGGAAUUAAUUAAGAGAAAUCUCAGGUUUAAAAUGACUGAUGUUUCUCCUUGGGUUUCGAUCUCGUGGAAGCGUGAACCAGAAGAUGUAAAAAAUAAAUACAAAGAGAUUGCGAAAGAAGUACGCAAACUCUAUAAAAAAUCAAAAUUGGUUCCUGAUCAAUCUGAAAAUAAUGCCCAAUCAUCAAUGUUGCCUUCUCCACCUCUUACCGAUACUCAAUUUUCAACUCCAGAAUUGUCUCAAGACUCAUUAUUUUAUAGUCUUAUGAAUCAUUCUGGGUUACGUACCCCCGAAGAAACUGACUUUGAUGUUUUUGAUAAUACAUCUAUGAACCUCGUUCAAUUAUCAAAUCCUCUUGGAUUCACCAUGCUAUCUGAUGUUGCGGACUCUACAUUGUGGCAAGGUGAUAAUUUUUGUCAAGAAUUACCUUCUAACAUUUAUAAUAAUGUAAACUCCGAAUUGGCUUUCUCUGAAUAUUCUGAAUAUUUCGAGCCUAUACAAACAUUCGAAUACUCUCAAUACUCAGAAACUCAACAACAAUCUGAUAUUGGGCAGGCUUGGACAUACGAAAAUUAUUUAUUCGAUAACAUUCCUCUCGAAUGGGGAAAUCAAUAUUAA